AAGCUACCCAAAUGGAAGCUGGUUUCCUAAAAUUCCAUAUUUAUCUGACAUCAAAACUUAGAGAAUCCACAAUAAAUAAUAUAAUAAUUAAUGAUGUAUCUGGCUCAUAUGAUCCAUUAACAGAUUUGGAAAGCAGAACGCAUUAUGGUAGACCAAAUUUUGGUCAUAUAUUUAGUCAAUUGAAUAAAGCGAUUGAGAGUGGUCGCUACAUACCAGGCAAAGAAGGAGAUUUAAAUACUAACGUGGGUGUAUAUUAUUGUGGCCCUCCCGCGCUAGCUAAAAGUUUGAAAAAAGAUUGCAAAUCUGCAAAUACUGAAG